CAACGUGUGCAAGUAGUUUCGUCCAAACGAGACUAGCACUCGGAGAAUGAUUAGGCCUACACUAUAUGAAUUCUCAUUGGCUCUCGCUUUCGUGGUAGUCUUGACCAACGGAUAAGGGUCUGACGGUAAAUAUAGACACGAGUUCAUGUGCAGUCUAGACUACGGUUGGUGUACCCCCUCGUAAUCAGGCGGCAAACCCGUUUUUGGUUAGACCGAAUUCUUCUUGAGCACUGAGGGGACCUUUUUCUCAUCACAUACGAGUUGUCAUUUUACUGCGAGCAGUGCGCUGGCGUAGGAUAAAUAUGUCUCACAAAAGUUGUUAUACAAACCCUGGCACAGGGGGGAAGCGACCUCGAAACGACAAGGGGAACAAGGUGACAGUUGUACUUGGUGCACAAUGGGGCGAUGAAGGGAAGGGGAAAGUGGUGGAUUUGUUGGCGACAGAGUCGGACAUCAUUUGCAGAUGCCAGGGCGGUAACAACGCAGGUCACACGGUGGUCGUGGAUGGGAAGGAAUAUGACUUCCACCUCCUCCCCAGUGGGAUCAUCAACUCCAAAGCUGUUUCUGUGAUCGGCAAUGGUGUGGUCAUUCAUCUGCCAGGCUUGUUAGAAGAAGCGGAAAAAAAUGAAAAGAAAGGCCUUAAAGACUGGGAGAAGAGACUGAUCAUCUCAGACAGGGCCCACAUUGUGUUUGACUUCCACCAGGCAGUCGACGGGCUCCAGGAGGUACAGAGACAAGCACAGGACGGGAUAAAUAUUGGAACCACAAAGAAAGGCAUCGGACCGACCUACUCUAGCAAAGCGUCACGUAUGGGGCUGCGUAUCUGUGACCUAGAUGAUUUCAAAGACUUUUCUACGAGGUUCAAGAACCUUGCUCAACAGUACCAGGCCAUGUUCCCCACACUGGUGGUAGAUGUUGACGGUCAGCUGAACAAAUUAAAGGAGUAUGCUGAGCGGAUAAGACCCAUGGUGCGAGACGGUGUCUAUUUCAUGUACGACGCUAUUAAUGGACCCCCUAAGAAGAUUCUGGUGGAGGGCGCGAACGCUGCCCUGCUUGACAUUGACUUUGGUACAUACCCAUUUGUGACAUCAUCAAACUGCACCGUGGGUGGUGUGUGUACAGGACUGGGCAUCCCCCCUCUGAACAUUGGUGAUGUGUACGGGGUGGUGAAGGCCUACACCACUAGGGUGGGCAUCGGGGCGUUCCCCACAGAACAACUCAAUCAGGUUGGGGAGCUGCUGCAGACGCGGGGCCAUGAGGUGGGCGUGACCACAGGGAGGAAACGACGCUGUGGUUGGCUGGAUCUGGUCAUCCUGCGUUACGCCAAUAUGAUAAACGGCUUCACGGCGUUUGCAUUAACCAAACUUGAUAUCCUUGAUGUGAUGGAUGAAAUCAAAGUGGGAGUGUCUUAUAAACUCAAGGGCAAAAAGAUUCCCUAUUUCCCAGCUAACAUGGACGUCCUGCAGAAAGUGGAGGUGGAGUAUGAGAAACUGCCUGGCUGGAAGAGUGACACCUCAGCCUGUAGGAAGUGGGAAGAUCUGCCAGGCAAAGCCCAGAACUACAUUCGCUUUGUGGAGAACCACGUUGGUGUACCCAUCAAAUGGGUUGGAGUGGGCAAGGCCAGGGAGUCUAUGAUCCAGAUGUUCUAGGACACAACAAGACCUUUGUCCUUCUUCUCUCCAUGAAGGUGAAUUGAGGUGGUAUGGCUUGAUCUUCUCUGGUCAGAUUUCUUCUGUUCUUCUGUGCAGCAGCUGCACAGACCCCAACUCCUGGACUAACAAACAGGUUCAAAUGAGUGUGUGCAACCACCAUGCUCUACUAUACAUGCAACCACCAUGCUCUACUAUACAUGCAACCACCAUGCUCUACUAUACAUGCAACCACCAUGCUCUACUAUACAUGCAACCACCAUGCUCUACUAUACAUGCAACCACCAUGCUCUACUAUACAUGCAACCACCAUGCUCUACUAUACAUGCAACCACCAUGCUGUACUAUACAUGCAACCACCAUGCUCUACUAUACAUGCAACCACCAUGCUCUACUAUACAUCCAACCACCAUGCUCUACUAUACAUGCAACCACCAUGCUCUACUAUACAUGCAACCACCAUGCUGUACUAUACAUGCAACCACCAUGCUCUACUAUACAUGCAACCACCAUGCUGUACUAUACAUGCAACCACCAUGCUCUACUAUACAUGCAACCACCAUGCUGUACUAUACAUGCAACCACCAUGCUCUACUAUACAUGCAACCACCAUGCUGUACUAUACAUGCAACCACCAUGCUCUACUAUACAUGCAACCACCAUGCUGUACUAUACAUGCAACCACCAUGCUCUACUAUACAUGCAACCACCAUGCUCUACUAUACAUGCAACCACCAUGCUGUACUAUACAUGCAACCACCAUGCUCUACUAUACAUGGUUCAAAAAAGCACAAUAACGUGAGCAAAUAAUAGUUAUAUUGAUUGUGUCACAGUAGUUCUUCUCUGUUGCAAUUUACAAACCAUGAAAUUGUCUUAGGUGAGUUCAAAUAGACUUGUUUCUGUUCCAAUUCCGUUCUCUGCACUGAUACAGCAUUUUCGUCUUUUGCGGAAUAUUGUUUUGACUUGAUAUUGCCGUCAUGUCAGCUAACCUACGUUGUUUAGACUUGAAUUAACAUUGGCCAGUAUCUGAUGUCUAAUAUAGUACUUGCAUGCUAGAACUACAGCUGAUAUGUCAAACUAUUUUGAACAAUGCAAUGUGCAAUGGCCAGAAUGAGGUAGUUGUAUGACAUGUUGUUGUCACGGUGGAAGUCAUGUGUCCUGAUACUUGUCCAUGAACUGAAGUGCAAUACUGUGUUUUGCUGUCCACACUAUGUUGAAAAAUCACAGGACCUGUUCUUUGCUUCUGUGACACAUUUGGUUAUAUAAAACAAAUGCAUUGUUGUAGCAAUUAGAGCUCGGUUUCUAUGGAUCUUUCUGCCAGUCAAAUUGAUUUUCCCCCCAGUAAUAGUAUGUCCCCCAUUGACACUGUACUGUAACAGCUAAGAAAAUGACACUGUGAUACCCCAAAAGUUUUCUAGUGCAACACUUUUACAAGUGGAAAUCUGAUAUGCAAAUAAAUCUGCUACAUCACA